AUGAGGAGAAGCAUUGCCACCUGUUACAGUGAACACGCCGUCAAAGUCUCCGAUUCUUACUGCUCCGGCCCUUCCCCUCAUCCCCAUGUCCCUUCCCAUAAUCUCCCUCUCUCUGUUUCUUCCGUUUACACAGCCGACCUCUCAACCCCCCACCACCACCACCACCUCCUCCUCAUUCUUCUCCACUGGACCGCCCAACAAAUGGGUCAAGCCUUCACUAUCAAAAUCAACUCUGUUUCCCAUCCAAUUCAAACCCCCAAGGGCCUCAAAUCCUUCAAAUCCUCUAACAAUUCCCACAUUUCGAUCUUUUGGGACAUCUCCGACGCCCGAUUUGAUCCCGGACCCGACCCGGCUUCUGGCUUCUACAUCGUUGUCACUGUGGAUUCCCAAAUUGCGCUGUUGAUCGGUGAUCAGAGGGAGAAAUUCGUGAAAUUGGGGAUUUUGAAACCGGAUUUCGAUACCCAUUUCCCCAAAUUCUCUCUGGUUUCUCGGAGAGAGGAGUUUUCCGGUUACGAUUCGGUUUUCUCCACCAAGGCUAGAUUCUCCGACAGCGGUAUCCUCCACGAGAUUUCGGUCAGCUGCAGCGGCGGAAAGGAAUUGAACAACCAGAGGCUGGUAGUGUUAAUCGACAAGAAACAGGUGUUUGAAGUAAAGAGAUUGAGGUGGAAUUUUCGAGGGAAUCAAACCAUUUUUUUAGAUGGGUCGGUAGUUGACAUGAUGUGGGAUGUUUACGACUGGCUUUUCCGCCCCGAAUCAGCGGCGGAGACCACGGCGGCGGUGGCGGCGUUCAUGUUCAGGACGAGGCGUGGAUUGGACAGUCGGCUGUGGCUGGAGGAGAAAACGAAGCAAGAAAAGCCCGGGUUUUCUCUGUUGAUUCGAGCUCGUAAAAAUCCAGAUUAA